AUGUCUGCUACUCCAUUCAAAAUACGGCAUACCCGUAUCUUGAAAGCGUGUGACAACUGCCGACAGAGAAAGAUAAAAUGCUCUGGCGAGUCCGUAUGUUCUUAUUGCAAGAAAUAUGGCGAUCCGUGCAUUUAUAGAGAGAAAACUAGACAAUCCAAAAAAGUGGUAGAUAGAGGGAAUAUUGACUGUGGACAGGAGGUUUUGGAUAUGCCUACGUUCUUAUCAGUUAGAAAAUCCAGCGUCAAUUCUUCCACAAUGGAGUACUUUGGGCCCGCAAGUAACUUCUCUUUCGUCAACCAGUUGAACGAUUACUUGAGGUUGUUGGGUAAGAACACCACUCCUAUUGACGAGGAUCAAGGGUUGCGUAGAUUCGGAAUGAAUUUGAUGGUAUUAUCCAAUCCUGCCGAGGAUUUUGACUGUACUUUAAGUACGAUAUCAGUAGAAACGGUUAAUCAGUUGAUCACAGCAUUCUUGGAAACAUGGCAUAUUCCUUGCCCAAUAUUUACCGGCGAAGACUUGUUUGAUCUCUCUGUCACAACAUGGAAACAGGGCUCUGCUCCCAAGCACAGAAAAGCUUUAUUAUACUUAGUGCUUUCUAUCGGAGCAGCAGCAUCUUACUUUGAGUCCACCCAUUGCAGUGCUUCAUCAACUUUGCCUCUUGCGAGAGGUUUCUUUGAGCUCUCGAUUCGGACUGUUCCUGAAAUAUUCACGGAGGUUUCUUUUGAUGCAGUUAGAAUAAUAUUCCUUAUGAGCUUAAGUGCGUGUAAUUUAGGUGAUACUGCCCAGUCCUAUCUAUACUCAGGCUAUUCUGUCAGAAUAGCAAUAGCUCUUGGUUUACAUAAAUUGACGAAAUUCGAAUCUCAGCACCAAUGUCGAGUGUGGACUUGCGCUUGGCAAUGGGAAAAUUAUUGGAGUUUCUGCGUGGGACGUCCAAGUUGCUCAAGAGAGGAUAUGCUGAUUCCUAUGGUACCAGAGGAUGCUUUUACAGCACUGGGAUAUGGAAACAAGGACAGAUUUGCAAUACAUCAUCAGCAUAUGGAGCUCAGAGUCUAUUUUGGAGCCAACUGCUCGAGGAUUCAUUCGCAGCUAUAUGACUCCGAAAGUGAUUUGCUUGCAGUAUUAAAAUCAGUGGAGAAGCUCUCCACUGACAUUGACAACAAGUAUUUGGGUUGCUCAGAUCCUUUAUUGAAGGAAUCCCAGGUCAGCGAUUUGCUUUUGCAAAAUACCGACGCUAAUGCUUGUAGAGAAUGGUUUUGGAUUCGAAUCUACUAUUUGUAUUUGAAAAUGGUCAUAUACCGACCCUUUAUGAUCUUUUAUGCUUACUUGAAUAACUCUAAAACAGAGGCUUCAGAGAAAAUUACUUUAUUACUAAAAUCAAAGUCUAAUCUUUGUGUACAAGUUGCUAUUGACAUCUCAAGGUUCAUUAUAGACUUGAAUAGAAAGAUUAAAAUGCGACAACCCAUUUUCUUUAUCUGCACAUAUUUGGAAAGUGCGUCUACAAUUCUACUCUUCUUUAUUAUCAGUAAUCGUGAUAACAUUCCGGACACUUUGGCAGAGAGCAUUUGGGAAGUUCUUCAAGAUACAUGCGCAUUUUUAAGUGGGUCGUCGGGACCCUAUGUUGGUAGUAUAAAGAUAAUUGCAAAUGAUGCGUUGAAAUCCCUCCAUGAUAUUUUACUCUCAAAUAACUCAGAGAUUGCCGAGCGGACUUAUUUUGGAAAGGUUCUUCAAGGAGUGCCAAAUCAUUCACCUGAUUCAAAUGUACUCACAGAGCCUUCUUCAGAUGCUACAAGUCGAUUUAAUGCUGAAAAAGACGCACAGUUAGGCGACAUGUCCACAUAUGGAUUGGAAGACUUCUGGCAGCAAACUUUAGAUUGGAUUAGCAUUACAUAG